AUGGGCAGCGAUGUGUCAAACACGAAGAUAUACUUCCGUUCUGUGACGCCUGCACUGUCUGCUGUUGAGUGGCGUGAGCACAAAUUAUCCCUCGAGGACCGCAUCCAAGAGAAGGGCUCCUUCUCCGGCCGCCCUCGCCCAGACCUUGACAAGGCGUGGCACGAUCUGCUAAACGCCGAGAACAUCGACAUCGAGCCCGAGUACAUGCGGCACCUGGGCAGGGAGAACAACGGCAUUGCGGCCCCGGAUGGCAACAGCUACCUCAGCACGCUCAACAUCUACCACAAGAUCCAUUGCCUCAACCGUAUCAAGCAGUUCAUGUGCCCGGACUACUACUUUCCGGGCAGCUAG